UUUUGCGAUGGUGAUAUCAACCUGGUGUUUCUGGAUAUGAUCCUGUCUCCCUCCUACUCUGUAUGGAAUUUAGUGGUAUGUAGAGUUGGCCAUGGCUAACAAUUCCCAUCCCGGUCUUACAGAUAUUGUUGUUGCUUCUUCCCUCUGUUGGGGUUGUUAGUAUGUUUUCUGGUUUGUCUGCUGCAUCGUUGUUGUUUCUAGUCUUCGUUUGCUCCAUUGCCUCCGUUUCCCUCGCUAUGACUACAUCCCAGGAGAUUCGUGAGCUGCUGCACCUUCAGCCACAUCCGGAGGGCGGAUUUUUUGUUGAGUCGUUCCGAGAUUCCGACAUUUUUCUCGACGAAAGCUCCCUUCCAGAUUCUUUCAAGGUUGGGCGCCCUGUGAGCACAGCCAUUUAUUUUUUAAUGCCCUCAGGGAAUGUUUCAAAUUUGCACCGCAUUCCCUCUUCAGAAGUGUGGCACUUUUACGCCGGCGAGCCGUUGACGGUCUACUCGAUAGAUGACGAUGGAACUGAGACGCACACAGUGUUGGGUCAAGAUCUUGGGGCUGGGCAAAAGGUGAUGUACGUACAGAAGCCAAACGUGUGGUUUGGAGCCUAUCCUACUAAGGACAUUCACUGCAUUCCUAACGCUGGGAAGCCUGUAGUGAAAUCUGCCUUAAGGAACCCUGACAAGCACUACUCUUUAGUGGGAUGUACAGUUGCCCCUGGUUUUGAGUAUCAGGAUUUUGAACUGGGAACUCGGUCAGAGCUGUUGGCGAAGUUUCCGCACGCGAAGGCGUUCAUCGAACUUCUCACUCAAGAAGCCCAGUGAUCGAGUCUCUUAACGUCUUAGAGCACAUUCUGCUCAUAGAAUUUUGCUCAUGAGGACCUCGCGAGAGGCGUUAGCUUCUCCUAAUGCAAUCUCUUUUCUAUUUUCUUUUUUUAUCGAACUACAGGUGUCAGCGCAAUUGGUAUUGCCUGUAUUCGGUUUUUGGAGGCUGACGUUAAGUUCUUACAGUUCAUUGGAGACACAAGACCGUCACCUUUUUCAAAUAUGUAAAGUGGGGUACUUGCUUCAGUCAUUCGGUAUGAUACCGACACUUUGAAUUAUUGACUGUUCUGGGUUGUCGCUCAGGUUUGUUCCAAACGCUACUUAUGAUUUGUGUUGGUCAAUUUCCUCCUGCUCAGUAAUCUGAUGCGCGUGUUGCUGUUUAAUGGGGGCAGUGAUAUGUCUUCUAGCUUAUUACAUAUCUUUCAUUUCUCAUUCACUUUGGUCUUUUAAUCGAAAGACAUCAGAAAUUUCUGGGCAUACAUUGAUAUGGAUGUAGUUUCAUUGUGCACAUGGUUUCAUGUCAGUGCAAAUAGCUUGCACUGACCAACUACUGUUCAAUGCUUGGCGCAUCGCAGUUGCUUCAGAUAGUGCUACACGGCUCGAUAUGAAAUUGGAUACAAGUGGAUACUCACUGCACCAGAAACUGAUAUGAGACGGCUCCAUUCUAGGUUAAGUGGGAUUCCGAUGUCGCGGUACUUUUUGUGCUUUUGUGAUGCUUUACUUCAAGCACAGUGUUGGUUCUUAACUGAGCAUCGCAUUUCCCGAACGUCAUUAGUUGCGUCGAGUAAUUCAUGACUCUACUCAGAGAAAGAUGCAUUUACUUCAGCUCAGCAGAUAUUUUAUGUUGAAUGCUGCUGCUUUGAAGUGAUGCCUCUAUUCUCCGAUAUUCUGUACUUUGCCUUCUGUUCAUGCCUUAAGAUUAACAGUGGCACUGACCUUUGUGUCGUCUGUCUCAUUCAAGGCACAAAGUAUCAUGGAUUGGUACCCAGCUAAAUGGCUGUAGCAUGAUUGCUUACGGCACCAUUAUCAAUCCAUAAUAUCCUUUAUCCCUGUUCUUCCACCUCGAUCAUUUUUGAUAUUCAACACAUGCAUCACUAGACAAAUAAUUUCGAAGGGGAGUUUUUAUCAAGCCACCAGGGCGUACUAGGAAUGGUUGUCAGUCUAUAAUCGCUUUUGGUAGGAAGACUCCGAAGACUUGAUAUACCCUACUUUACGAAGCUAGAUGCAAAUGACAUUACAUAAAAUGACUUCGCGUUCAAAAAUUUA